CCUGUCCCGCCAGGAGCCGCUCCGGGAGUGCCCAUGGAGGUCUCCAAGAAGCUGGUGAACUCGGUGGCCGAGUGUGCGGACGAUGCCCUGGCAGGGCUGGUCGCCUGCAACGCGGGCAUCCGGCUCCUGCGCGGGCACCGCGUGGCGCUGCGAGCCGACCUGGACGCCGUCCGCGGCCGCGUGGCCCUGCUCUCCGGAGGCGGCUCCGGCCACGAGCCCGCGCACGCUGGGUACAUCGGCAAGGGCAUGCUGACCGGCGUGGUGGCGGGCGCCGUCUUCGCCUCUCCCGCCGUGGGCAGCGUUCUGGCGGCGAUCCGGGCAGUGACGCGGGCCGGGGCAGCGGGGACCCUGCUCAUCGUGAAGAACUACACGGGCGACCGGCUGAACUUCGGGCUGGCGCUGGAGCGGGCGCGGGCGGAGGGGGCCGACGUGCGCAUGGUGGUGGUGGGCGACGACAGCGCGUUCGCCGCGCCCAAGAAGGCAGGGCGCCGCGGGCUSUGCGGCACCGUGCUCGUGCACAAGGUGGCCGGCGCCUUGGCCGAGGAAGGGGCGAGCUUGGAGGAGAUCGUAAAGGUGGUGACGGCCGCCACCAAAGCCAUGGGUACGCUGGGCCUCAGCCUGUCCCCGUGCAGCGUCCCCGGCUCCAAGCCCACCUUCCAGCUGGCUCACGACGAGAUGGAGCUGGGCCUGGGGAUCCACGGCGAAGCCGGCGUGCGCAGGAUGAAGGUCGUGCCGGCCGACGAGGCGGUGGAGACCAUGCUGGCGCACAUGACGGACCCGGGCAACGCCUCCCGCCUGGCCCUGCGCCCCGGCGACUCCGUGGUGCUCGUGGUGAACAACCUGGGCGGCCUCUCCUACCUGGAGCUGGGCAUCAUGGCCGGCGCCGCGGUGCGCGCGCUGGAGAGCCGGGGCGUCCGCRUCUCCAGGGCCAUGGUGGGCUCCUUCAUGACAGCGCUGGAGAUGGCCGGCGUCUCCCUCACCCUCAUGCUGGUGGAUGAGGAGCUCCUGAGGCUGAUCGAUGCCAAGACCACAGCCGCGGCGUGGCCCAACCUGGCCGCAGCACCCGCGACGAGCCAGAGAGAGGAGGUGCCGGCGCCGCAGGAGGACGUGGAGACGGYGCAGCCUGAGCCCAGCACGGGGCCCGGCGGGCAGCGGGCACGGCUGGUGCUGGAGCACGUGUGCAGCGCUCUGCUCCGCAUGGAGGACAAGCUCAACGAGCUGGACCGUGCUGCGGGUGACGGGGACUGCGGGCACACGCAUGCCCGGGCAGCCCGAGCCAUCCAGGAGUGGAUGCGAGGCCGGCCGCCGCCGGCAGCUCCCGCCCAGCUGCUCUYGGCGCUGGCCAACCUCAUGCUGGAGGAGAUGGGUGGCUCCUCGGGGGUGCUCUACGGGCUGUUCCUGACGGCAGCGGCCCAGGCGCUGCGCGGCCGCAGCGACCUGCCCGCCUGGGCGGACGCCGUGGACGCCGGCAUCGCGGCCAUGCAGCGCUACGGCGGAGCCGCCCCGGGCGACAGGACCAUGCUGGACUCGCUGUGUGCCGCCAGGGAGGCCCUGCAAGGCCUGCGCACCCCCGGUGCCAACCUGCUGCAGGUCCUGAGCGCGGCRGUGCAGAGCGCCGAGGCGGCGGCGGAGGCCACGAGGCACAUGGAGGCGGGCGCGGGCAGAGCCAGCUACAUCGGCUCGGCGCGGCUGCUGCAGCCCGACGCCGGCGCCGUGGCGGCGGCCGCCGUGCUGCGGGCGCUGCUGGAGGGGCUGCCGGCAGAGCGGGUGCGYUGCAAAAGCCGGGGCUUUAUUACCCAUCCACCAUGA